AUGGUCCUCUUUCGCACUUUUCUGCGUCAGCACUCUUUGCGCACGGGCAUCACGGUCCUAUCGCUCCUUUCCAACGUGCUCGCCCUCUCUAUCCUGACUUACAAGCUCCUCGGAUUUCUUGCGGCCCCCGCUCACAUCUCACUAUCGCCCUUUACCCGAUUUUGGUUCUUUGUCGAUGUUUGCUUCCUCGCCUCGCAGCCGAUCCUAUCCCUCUACGGACAUUUCGGCCUCAGCAAGCGCUACUACCCCGCCGUGGCCGCGUUUCGAAGCUGGACGCUCUUCUUUUUUGCCAUGCGCCUCUUUGCCGGCGGUUUCAGCAUCGUCGGCUACAUGAAAGACGACAGGCGCUGGAUGGCGGCAUGCACCCGGGAAUGGAAAAGCACGGGCGAGGAGGACCAUUGGAAAAUCCUUGGCGGUGGUGACGAUGGCAGCCACCAUGACGGGCAACAGGAAGAUGUAGCUGCUCCGGCUUACUGGUGCCACGGGCGGUUCCUGUCCCACGUCAUUGCUCUGUCCUUUCUCUGGGUCACAGACGUCGUUGUCACCCUAUACCUCUUCCUCUGUAUUCACUCUUACAAGCGCAUCUAUUUCAUCACGGAAGAGGAAGAGGAGGCGCACGCAUACGAGGAGGAACUGUACCAGCGGCGUCUGGCAGAGAAAAGCAGACGUCGCGGCGCUCGCCAACACGAUGCUGAGGUGCAAGACGGAGCGAUGACAGAGAAGUUGAGCGGCGGUGGUGAUGGAGGAGGAGGUGGCGGCGAUACAAGGACCGUCUUCAGACCUCCGGUAAGCCCAAUCAUGAAGCCUUGGAGCAGGGAGGAAAGCCACCUGGACCAAGUCAUGAUGCCCAUCGUCAAGGAAACACCACCGACGCCCGAGUCGAGCAACAGCGCAGCGAGUACGCUCACUUGGUAG